AUGUCCCAGAACGACAUUAAGAACCAAGCGAACAAGGCCGCCGACAAGGUCGACAAGGCCGCCAAGGACGUCAAGAGCGAGGCCGAGAAGGCCACCAAGGACGCCUCCAACAGCCUCGACAAGGCUGCCAAGGACGUGUCCAACGAGGCUGACAAGGCUUCCAAGGAGGUCUCGCGCGAGGCUGAGAACAUCCUCGACGAGGCCAAGGCCACCGCCAACAAGGUCGGUGACAUUAUCUCGAAGGAGGCCGAGGAGCUCGAGGACCGUGCCAAGGAGGCCGGCAAGAGCAUCUCGAAGAGCUUCCAGACCGGUCUCGACAAGGCCAAGUCGUUCUGGAACGACUUCUCGAGCAACCCCAAGUACUGGCUCUCGACCCUCAGCGUCGUCAACGUCGCUGUCCUUGGUGCUGCUGGCUACUUCGGUUACCAGAACCGCAACAAGAUCGAGGCUCAGGACAAGAAGCUGCUCGGCGCUGCCGCCGUCGGCAUUGUCACCAUCCUCGGUGGUGAGAGCUACUUUGCUACCAAGAACGCCAAGAAGCAGCUGAAGUAA